AGAAGAAUUCCUUUAAAAGUCAUUUUUGAAGAAGUAGACAAACCUAAAUCUGUGUCUCAUCUCCAAGGAAUAUGAACAAGAUGCCUGCUGGUGAACAAGAACGUGAAUAUAAUGAAGACAGGAAGUACUACUCUAAAGGAGUUAAACUGGUGAGAAAAAAGAAAAAAAUUCCUGGUUACUCUUGGGGGGACAUUAAGAUAAACAUCAUAGGUGAAAAGGAUGAUUCACCAAUUCAUUUCUGUGACAAAUGUGAUUUGCCUAUUAAAAUCUAUGGGCGAAUAAUUCCAUGCAAGCAUGCUUUUUGCUAUAACUGUGCUAAUUUAUAUGACAAAAUCGGAUAUAAAAUAUGUCCACGCUGUAGUUAUCCUGUGCUGCGAAUUGAGGAGCAUAAACGAGGUUCUGUCUUCAUGUGUAGUGUUGUUCAGGGAUGCAAGAGAACAUAUUUGUCUCAGAAAAGCUUACAGGCUCAUAUCAAACGCCGCCAUAAAAGAGCUCGAAAACAAGUUACCAGCGCUUCGCUUGAAAAAGUUCGUCCUCAUAUUGCUCCGCCACGAACUGAAAUCGCUGAAAUCCCUAAAAGACUGCUAGACAGGGACCAUCUAAACUAUAUUCCACCAGAGCAGCACACCAUGAUGUCACUACCGUCUAUGCAACAAAUGCCACACGAGCAACAUAAUCAGCCACAUAAGGAUCUUCAGGUUCCUCCCCCAGAACUAUCUCCAAGUCCGCCUUUUCCCAUCCAGUGGGAAACCGUUAGUGUUUUUACAAGAAAACACGGCAAUUUAAUAGUUGAUCAUAUUCAGAAUAACUCAGAUUCUGGUGCUAAGAAGCCAUCACCUCCUGACUAUUAUCCUGAGUAUCAAAGUCAACCAGUGGUAUCGUCCCCUUGUCAUAUUAUGCCUCAAGAACAGCAUUAUGCACCACCUCCAUCUCCAUCAUCACCAGUAAACUACCCAAUGCCAUAUCCUCCUCAGGAUGUAGGUACUCCUAACUUGGUUUCUAGCCAAGCGCCAGCUCUAACCACGACCUAUGAUCUAUCACUUGGAUAUAUUAUUGCCCAGGUGCCACCUUAUAUGAAUUCUCCUCCACCAUGUGCUCCCCAGUCUCAAAAUGGCAAUUCAUCUGCAAGUGAAUUUGCUUUUCACCACUAUAACCCUAACUUUUUACCUCAGUUCACUGAAAAUCAAGAAACCUUGAGCCCUCAGUUUACACAAACAGAUGCAACGGAUCACAGAAGAUGGCCUGCAUGGAAAGGGCUGCCAUCUCCUCCACCAACAUGGAGUCCACCUCCUUCAACCCUACAUGGUGGAUCACAUCAUUCAUACCAGAGAAGACAUAGACCAUGUUAAGCAUGAUAAUAGUAUUUUGAACUGAAGACCUGAUGGGGAAAAAAACUUCAACUUCUAUACUGUACUGUGGAUAAGUGGCUCAGUUCAGCACAGCUAGCUGUAGUUUAACAACUUUGUUCCUCUGGUGUGGUAAAUUGACCUAAAGGUGACCUCUGAUGAUUUCCUGAAAUAAAUAUGCAUUGUUACAUUUUCAAAA